GACGCCCUCUCCCCCCUCCACUGUCUUCCCCUCGUCGACGCCAUCCCCAGGCCCACAUCAUCAAGUUUGUCGACACCAUCUCCCUCCCCUUAUGCCCCUCAGCGGUAUCCCUCGCCUCCGAAGCCUGUGCGCCCAUCACCACCACCAGCGGCCCCUCUCGCGCACCCGCCUGCUCCCUCGUACCCGCCUCCAGAUACUCCGGAGACCCCCUCCCCUUCAUACUCCACCUCGUCGUCCCCUGCCUCGACAGCGUCUCCCAAGACGCCUCACGGCAUCGAGGACCACACGGCACGGAUUGUAUUGGCGGAGUUGUCGCCGGUGUCGCUGAUAUCCUCCAUCCUCUUGCCCAGCGGCAUUCUAGCCGCAGCCUUGGGUGAGGGCAGCAGCGCGACACUGUCAACGCGCUCCUUAUCCUCUCCUCUCCGGACACAAAGCCUGUUUUGA